AUGGAGCGCUCCCUUCUGAGACGACGGCCCACGCCGUCCGUCUCCACUCCCUCGCUCUGCACGCGUCUCGCCGCUCCGCUCUGUCUUCUCUUGCUGGCGCUUGCCGCUUCUCAGUCUAUUUCUCUCUUUUACUCGGACCGCGCUCUCCCGCUCACGCUCCUGCAGACUGCGGCGGAAGCAGUCGAGCUCCCCUCGCCCGACGUCGCCGAGCCCCGCGAGGAGACUCCGGCCGCCGAGGAGUCCGCUACCUCCCAGCAGCUUCCUGAGGCGAGCAUCUUGUCGCCCAUUCCGCAGACGCCCUCUGGUUCCCAGGAACGCCUCGUUUCAGCCGACAGCGAGAGCACUGACGACGGCGCGCCGACCGCGGAGUCGGUCGGGACCGAAGAAGGACGGCCCGAAGCGUACGAGGGCGAAGUGAAUGUUGACGCCGGCAACAAGUCGGCGAGCGAACGAUCAGAGGGCACGGGGAAGCGUGCGAAAAAGGCUGCCACGAAGGCGCGCAUUCGCGCCAAGUUUGCCCCGGCGGAGGGCCAGGGAGUUCCCUUCGUCGAAGCGUCGCGCACUGCGGCCGAGUGGACUUGCCGCAGCAAGACGCACUUCGUCUUCGUUUUUGUCAACCGCAAGUCCGGCGGCCAAGCUGGCUCUCGGUGGCUCGCUGGCGCGAACAAGAACGGCGAGUACACCCAAACCUUCAAAGACAUUUGCACGCGCGUCCUCAUAUACGACUUGCUCGCCGACCACGAGGGCUUCCAGCUCCUGCGGGAAGUAGCCGAAAUCAAACGGACGCUCGCCGCAAGCCCCAAGCCAACCAAGAAAUACUCCGUCGUGCGCGUCAUCGCCGUCGGAGGCGAUGGGACAGUUAUGUGGGUGAACCGCGAAGCCGUCACCGCCAAAGUUCCCAUGGCCUGGGUCGCGUUCGGCAUCGUCGGAUUCGGAACGGGGAACGACUUCGCACAGAGCUACGGAUGGGCGCACGGAAACGCACAGAGGCUCAACAUCUUCAAAGGCGACACGUUGAAGGCGCUGGUCCAAAUGUGGCAGAAGGCUGCGGUAGCGCGACACGACUUGUGGAAAACGACGGUGUCCACGUUCGACAACGGCUACUUCGAGAAGGUUUCCUUCGAACGUCGAACUCUCGAGACGCUCAUGGAUGACGCCACGGGACUCCCGAUUCGAACCUUCGAGUCGCCGUUCAUUCUCUACCUCGGCAUCGGAUUUGAUGCGCUCGUCGGAAUCGAGUUCGACCGCCUGCGAAGCACCUCGCGCCUGAGAAACCGGAUUAUGUACGGCGUGGCAUUCCUGAAACUUUUCGGGAGUUCCUGGAAAAACGUCACCGAGCAGAUCGAAACGGUGUACGCCCUCGACGGAGGCCAGAAGAAGGUUUUGUUCACCACCAAUGCGGCAAAGUACCCCGAUGCUAUGCGCCUCGAACAAUCGAUUUCUCUGACGUUUUUGAACAACCGUUCGAUGAUCGGGGGCAUUCCCUUGUGGCGACACACUGCACGCGUCGGCGUCCUCCCCCCCGCCAAUGAAAAGCCCGGGGACCGCAACGUCUACGAAACCUUCAAGCGGCGACUUGCCAAGGCACACCAGUCCAUGGGAGAUACCAAAAUCGAGCUGAUUUCUUUCCACCGACGCUUUGAUCUGCUGCGCAGUAUUUUGAUUGACUACGAUGCGGCGGGACGUCUCUCUCAACACCGCGGACCUUUCCUGGUUUCCUUCUACCCCCAAGAACAGGCGGGGCCGGUAGCCUUUCAAACUGACGGCGAGUUCCGCAUUGGCCACGGGGUAAAGACGAUUUAUGUGGAGUUUGUGGACACGUUCAAUGUGUUGAAGAACGUCUCGGGCAGCGUGGUGAAGGGAUGA